CCCCCCCCCCCCCACCACCACCCCCCCACCAAACGUGUAGUCCAGUAACCGCUCCUAGCGCCAUCGCUUAACCCCACCACCACCCCACCCCACCAGGGCCACCACUCCACGCGUCCCCCAUCCCCCGCGUCCCCCCCACCCCACCAAUCCACCACCACCAUGUCCCGUGCCGCGAAAACCACCUUCCUCGCCACAACCGCCGUGUGCGGGCUGACCCUGCUGGGCGUGCACUACCUGCAGCGUUCCGAGCGCGCCCAAAUGCACGAAGGCGUGAUCCGCGACGAGGAGCGUAGCCGGAUCAAGCGCGAGCGGCAGGACGAUUUCGAUCUGCAGGCGAAGCUGAAAGAGGAGUUUUUGAAGGAGCAGAGUGUACGGGAGACUACACGGGAGGUGGAGGGAGGGAAGUAAAGAGGAUAGAGGGGGGGGGGGUGUAGGAUAGGUUCUGGAUUGUAUGAUACUACGGUACGGCACUGGGGGGUAGGCUGGGGGGUAGACUAGGGGGUAGAGUGAGGCGAAUCUCCAUUUUGUUCACGGGCUUGUACUGGCUGUGGUGGGGGAUGGCUGCAUCACAGUGAACAUGCCAAGUGAAGUCACGGUGAAUUCGUUAUAUAGCAUGUACACCUACAAUUACGCAGGAAUUGCAUUCCAUAUCACCACAUCAUCUUCACACCUUUUGACCCGGUACCUGACUAGUGUACACAACUAUCCUUCGAACGAAAGAGCGUACCCACCC